AUGCGACCGCAGUCCCAGCGCCUGCCUUACUGGCUCCAGACAGCAAAGAACAAGGAAUUGUGUCCCAACCCUCAGUUCAUCGUUGGUGGAGCCACACGCACAGACAUCCGCCAAGGGGGUCUAGGAGACUGUUGGCUUCUGGCAGCCAUCGCCUCCCUCACCCUGAAUGAGAAGCUGCUUUACCGAGUGGUCCCCAGGGACCAGAGCUUCCAGAAGAACUAUGCAGGCAUUUUCCACUUCCAAUUCUGGCAGUACGGAGAGUGGGUGGAGGUGGUCAUCGAUGACAGGCUCCCCACCAAGAACGGACAGCUGCUCUUUCUCCACUCGGAAGAAGGCAAUGAAUUCUGGAGUGCUCUGCUGGAGAAAGCCUACGCCAAGCUCAAUGGUUCCUAUGAAGCUCUUGCUGGAGGCUCCACAAUUGAGGGGUUUGAGGAUUUCACAGGUGGCAUCUCUGAGUUUUACGACUUGAGGAAGCCUCCAGGCAAUCUGUACCAUAUUAUCCAGAAGGCCCUGCGUUCUGGCUCUCUGCUGGGCUGCUCCAUUGAUGUCUCAAGCGCAGCCGAAGCAGAAGCCACCACCAAGCAAAAGCUGGUCAAGGGUCAUGCAUACUCUGUUACUGGAGUCGAAGAGGUGGAUUUCCAUGGCCGCCCAGAGAAGCUCAUCAGGCUGAGGAACCCGUGGGGCGAAGUGGAGUGGUCGGGAGCCUGGAGUGACGAUGCACCCGAGUGGAAUUACAUAGAUCCCAGGAAGAAAGACGAGCUGGACAAGAGAGCAGAAGAUGGCGAGUUCUGGAUGUCCUUUUCGGAUUUCUUGAAGCAGUUCUCUCGACUGGAGAUAUGCAACCUGUCCCCGGACUCUCUGAGCAGUGAAGAGGUGCACAAAUGGAACCUGGUACUCUUCAAUGGCCGCUGGACACGAGGCUCCACAGCUGGGGGCUGCCCCAACUACCCAGCCACUUACUGGACCAAUCCCCAGUUUAAAAUCCAUUUGGAUGAAGCGGAUGAGGACCAGGAGGAGGACACCAGUGAACCCCGCUGUACGGUGCUGCUGGGUCUGAUGCAGAAGAAUCGGAGACGACAAAAGAGGAUUGGCCAGGGCCUGCUCAGCAUAGGCUAUGCCAUCUACCAGAUUCCCAAGGAGUUGGAGACUCACACGGACGCACACCUGGGCCGAGACUUCUUCCUGGGCCACCAGCCCUCCGCCCGCUCCAGCAGCUACGUGAACCUCCGGGAGGUGUCCGGCAGGGUCCGACUCACCCCAGGACAGUACCUGGUGGUGCCAUCCACCUUCGAGCCCUUCAAGGAUGGCGACUUCUGCUUGAGGGUGUUCUCGGAGAAGGCGGCCAAGGCCCUGGAAAUUGGGGACACCGUAGCUGGGAACCCGCAUGAGCCACAUCCCUGUGACAUGGAUGGAGGAGAUGAGCAUUUCCAGAGCCUGUUCGAGGAGUCUGCAGGCAAGGAUUCUGAAGUCAGUGCCAAUCGGCUCCAGAGGGUCCUGAAUGGAGUGUUUUCUAAACGAACAGACAUGAAAUUUGAUGGAUUCAACAUCAACACUUGCAGAGAAAUGAUCAGCUUGCUGGAUAGUGAUGGGACUGGAAGCCUGGGACCUGUGGAGUUCAAGAUACUCUGGCUGAAGAUUCAUAAGUAUCUGGAGAUCUACCAGGAAAUGGACCACAACCACAUGGGGACCAUUGAUGCCCAUGAGAUGAGGACAGCCCUCAAGAAAGCAGGUUUCACUCUCAGCAAUCAGGUGCAGCAGGCCAUUGCCGUUCGGUAUGCGUGCAGCAAGCUUGGCAUUGACUUUGAUGGCUUUGUGGCUUGUAUGAUCCGCCUGGAGACCCUGUUCAAACUGUUCAGGCUUUUGGACAAGGACCAGAAUGGCAUUGUCCAUCUCUCCUUGGCUGAGUGGCUGUGCUGUGUGCUGGUCUGACCUGGUGUUUUGGACAUCAACUGCUUCCCUGCCUCCUGCUUGUCUCUUUGCGGCCUUAUGAACAUGUAUCCUCAAGUGGCACUCACUGAUGGAUUGUUGCAUUGUUCUGGAUAAUCACCAUUCCCGAGCCACUGGCCUUUCCCAACAGAGCAGGCUGGGGAGCCCCCAGACCUCUCAGCAGAAUAGAGCUAUGAGCUGUUUGAGCUGAUCCCAGGGCCCAGCAGAAGGAAAGCAAUCAAUUAAAGUUGUA